AUGCUCCUCCGACACCAUCAACUUCUCCUCCGACUCUCCCGCCUAUCCUCCCUUCAACAAUGCUUCCCAUCCUCCUCCUCCACAACAUCGUCUCUUCUAACUUCUGAAAACGGCGAGAAAUUCCUGAAAACCGUCACCGAACGUCUGGCACAAUGCCAAGCUGGAAACGCCACCGCCGCUCCCGAACAAAUCAGUUAUUGGGAAGCGAUUGCAAAACAGUCUAGUGUGGUUUCGGAUACACGAUUCGAGCUAGCUCAGUUGAAUUCGAUAAUUAAGGAUCCGAAUGAAACAGAAGAGAUGCGAAAAUUAGCGGAAGCUGACGUGGAAUCUUUGAAGGAGACAUUGGAAACGGGACUGAAAGAGUUGGCAGCAAGAGUUGUUCCUUUAACAAACUUGGAUGUUUUGUCAAAAUGUCAAAUCGAAUUGAGCAGUGGUGCUGGAGGUCAGGAAGCGAUGCUCUUCACUGGAGAACUCUUGGAUAUGUACCAGAAGUUGGCGGCGACGAAUUCGUGGAAAUGGGAUCCAUUACAGGUGGACAGCGUCCCCCUUGGAGGUGUUCGAAGUGCUCUGAUCGCUGUCUCUGGUGAGAACGUCUACUCAAAAAUGCGAUUCGAAGCGGGUGUUCAUCGUGUCCAACGGGUUCCAGUGAACGAUUCUCGAAUGCACACAUCCACAGCGAGUAUCUCAGUGCUGCCGGAACCCGAAGAAGUUUCCGUGGUGGUUCCCAGUGAUUCGGUGAAAAUUGAAGCGAUGCGAGCGAGUGGACCCGGUGGUCAGAAUGUGAAUAAACGGUCGACUGCGGUUCGAAUGACACAUAAGGAGACAGGAAUUGCCGUGCAUUGUAUGGAUGAGCGAUUUCAACAUCUGAAUAUUCAGAUUGCUUACAAACGUCUUGCUGCAAUUCUGAUGCAACGUCAAGUGGACGCAAUGCUCGAAAAGAUAGUCUCUCGGCGAAAACUUCAAGUUGGCUCAAAAGCGCGUGCCGAGAAAAUCCGGACAUACAAUUUCCAACACGACAAAGUGACGGACCAUCGAAUCGGAAUGGCGAUAACGGGCGUCGAGGAAUUCCUAUCGGCUGGCGAAUCUCUGGUUUCAAUGAUCGAUCGACUACAGGAACAACAUAUGGAGGAUCGACUAGAUCAUAUUAUUGAGAAUUGUAUCGUUGCGUAA